AUAUGCGACUAGCAGAAACUUCAAGGGAUAUAACAAACAAUUGAGAAUGAAGGUAUCAAAAGGGAAAUCGCCGAACAGGAAGAACGAAGGGGCCGCAACCAGCACCUGAACAUGGCGAGCAGAUCAAUCGCUUCGAUUGGUAGUUCAUGGAAGCAGUUGUCUUUUAACAUAACCAGAAGAACCUUGAGCACAUCUUCGCCUGCUUCUGCAUCGCCUUCUGCUUCAAACCCUAGCACAUCAGUUUCAAAAUCGAAAAGAAAGAAGAAGAAGAACUUGUUUGAGGUGGCCCAGUUUCUUCCUAAUUGGGGAAUCGGUUAUCAAAUGGCUAAGACGCACUGGUCUGGCGUCGCCUAUCAGAUCACCAAGAUCAAUCUCUACAAGGAUGGUAGGCAUGGGAAGGCUUGGGGAAUUGUUCACAAAGACGGUAUAGCAGCUGCUGAUGCUCCAAAGAAAAUUAGUGGUGUUCACAAGCGCUGUUGGAAGUACAUUCCUAACUCAAAUAAAACUCAACAAAUCAUCACACCACAAUCUCAAUCAGAAACACAAGUUCAAAAUCAAGCCACAUGAUUAUUAGUUACCCUAUUAUGCCAACUUAGAGGAUCAUUUUCUUAGAGAAAUCACACAAGCUUAGAUGCAAUUGAUGUUUCCUUUUCUUGAAAAAUCUUAUUUUUUAUCUUUAAUCUUUUGCUAGCAAUGAGGUUGCAUGUUAAACCUCUUUUUCAUGUUCCUACAUUUGGUAUUUAUCAAAGUCUCAAGCUUUGCUUUUGAUGGCAUUGAAACGUUUUUAUCUAUCUGCUUUAAGUCAUAUGCUCUAUGCUAGUUGUGAUGUUUGUUGCUACUUAUCAUAAACUGCCAAUUUAAUGAUAAAUUUACGAAAAUGUCUCACAAUAAUACUGAUAGAUACAAACAACAUAAAAAAAAAAAAAACUCAUCUCAUACACAAGAGUACACGUAUAUUUUUGUCACAUAAUUAAUAAACAAACUAUU